CUUGCAACUGGACUCACGAUUGAUCCAAAAUGAAGGUUAAAAUAAUAAGUUGGACAGCUGUGUCGACAUGGAGGUGGAUAGCCAAUGAUGAUAACUGUGGUAUAUGUCGGAUGGCUUUUGAUAGUUGCUGUCCAGACUGUAAGAUGCCAGGUGAUGACUGCCCGUUAGUAUGGGGGCAGUGUUCCCAUGUGUUUCAUAUGCACUGCAUCUUGAAGUGGCUCAACUCCCAGCAGGUACAGCAGCAGUGCCCCAUGUGCCGACAAGAGUGGAAGUUCAAGGAGUGAAAGGUGAAAGAACAUCAGGCCUGACAUUUCAUCUUUGGACAUGUUGAAAGGGCAAGGCCAGUAUUUUUCACUUUGCAAAGGGCACUUGCAUUAGAACAACUUAAAGUCAAUGGGGCACUUCUGAAGGGCACCAAGGCAAAGACAAGGGGCAACGGAGCCCAUGGCCUCCAUGGCCUGAGUGUGAUUCGAGGCCUGGACCAUUCACAUGACCAAACUUUACGAAGACUUUAAGAAGAAACUAGUUUGGCUCUUUUAUGUUUUUAUGAGAAUGGCCACUGACAUUGAACUUUGUAAAUACAGGAAACAGACAAAGUUGAUCUGUCGCGGUUGAGAGGAAAGUCAUAACUCAUCAUAACUUGUCGAGAGAAACCAGAUUGAAGAAGAGAUUUUCCCCUGUUGCAGCCAGUUGCCAUUUUGUUUUUAUUGAUAACUAACCGAA